UUGGGCGGGGUGGGUGGGGGAUCGGCAAGAGAUCGUCUACAUGUCGGGUUGCCGUCAAAGGAAGACGCAAGGGUCUCAUAGCAGAACCAGACGAGAAUUACCGUCCUCUGUCCCUCGCUGUUCCCUCGUCUGUCUAGUCGUUGAACAAGCCCCGGUCUUAUCCGACGCAAAUGGCUGGCUGGGGACGGAAGCACUUGAGUGGACGCCGUCGGGCGGCCGAUACCAUGCCAGCCCUCUCGACAUCCGCACCCGGCUGACAGAAAGACGGCACACCUUAAGUACUUUCCCACACCACAUCCACGGUAUGGGCAGUGUUAAAGUAUGCAAUCUUUUUUGUCAACUGAGUGAUCCGGUAAGCAUCCCAGGAGCGCAUCCCAUGUGGGCAAAGUUCAAGAUACCGUGUCAUAUUCGAUGGGCCAGGUUUCAUCUGAAGGGCCAAAGGAGCCAUCCGCGUGGCCAUAUAGGAGAAGGUUGGGCUGUGUGUCACUCGGAGGGGUGAGGUGAAUGAGGCAGGAAUAUCGGUAGAUGCGCCCGUCGCUUACACGGCCAUAGCUGCCGGCUGGGCAGCCUCUUCAACAGGCAACGGGGGCUAAAUCCUUCCUUUCUAUGAGGCAAGCAUCACGUGCGCCAACGAGCGCCAGCCAUCAAGUAGCUUAGAACAAAUAUCCUUCCGAAAUGCCGUUCGACGGGGCAUCGAGCAGCAAGUGCUUACUACUCAUUGC